AUGGACAUUUCCGACAAGAAUUUUAGACCGUGUCCUUGUGGGUAUCAGAUCUGUCAGUUCUGCUAUAACAAUAUCCGGCUGAAUCCUGAGCUCAACGGAAGGUGUCCUGGGUGUCGUAGGCUUUAUGAUGACGAAAGUGUUGAGUACAAGUCGAUCUCGCCAGAAGAGUACAAACUCCAACAGAUUCGGAAAGAGAAAAGAGAACGUGAAAAGAAGCAGAGAGAAAAGGAGAAGAAGGAGACGGAGAUGGCGAACAAGAAGCAUUUGGCUGGGCUUCGUGUGGUACAAAAAAAUUUGGUUUAUGUCACAGGUCUCAAUCCGCCUUGCGCAUCAGAAGAAUUGCAUUCUGUUUUGCGGUCUGACAAGUACUUUGGUCAGUACGGAAAGAUUCUGAAAAUCGUCAUCAACCGCAAAAACCCCACCAGUCAUCACCAGAAUCCUGGAUUGGUGGUUUAUGUGACGUUUGCAAAGAAGGAAGAUGCUCUUCGAUGUAUCAACGAAUUGGAUGGUUCGCUCUGUGACGGCCGUCUUCUUCGUGCUGCCCAUGGUACCACAAAGUACUGUCUGUCGUACUUGCGUGGUCAUCCGUGUCCCAACCCCAAUUGUAUGUUUUUGCAUGAACCUGGUGAGGAAGCGGAUUCGUACACUCGCAAAGAUCUUUCAACUCAACAGGGCAUAAAAAUGGGUAUGAUGGGCAUGAACAAGGGCGACGACAACAACGAGGAAAAGGAACGUAUGGGUUAUUCUCACGCAAGUACAGAGCGUGCUACUUCAGAGGCUCGGGAAUCUCCGGCGCCAGUUUCGGCGGUUCCAGCUCCAGCUCCAGCUCCCGCUCCUCCAGUAGCUAUUGCUCCCGCUCCCACACAGCCACAGGCUCCAGCGGCUGCUUCGACAGCCGGAACUGUGCUUCCAGCGGCCGCGGGUUGGGCAAAAGCUGCCGCUUCGGCUCUUGCCUCGGCUUCGGGAUCCGAUACUGGAGCGGUUGCAAAUGCUUCGGCGUUUCCCACGCUUGGCGAAAUCAAGGAAAAGCAGCAGAAAAAGGAUUCAAAGCUCAAAACGAGACCAAAGAAAGAAUCGCUGGGCGAAGAUUACGACUGGGACGAUUCUCCCGUUGCCGUGGGUGAGGAUAUUGCUGCUCGUCUCAAUCUGCUUGAAACCAGUAUUGAGAAACUCAAGGUCCAUUUUGCUGAUUUUGACAAUUCGUCGACUUUGCCCUUGUUUGCAUUUACUCCACCAUCUGUUGGUGAACUGACUUUGGAAGACGACAAGUUGGCAGCACGCCAGAUCAUCGAACGGUAUAUCUUGAAGCCAAUCAAAAACUACCAUUUGGCUUACCAGAACCACCCAGUGACUCAACAGCAAGCUUUGCUUCAGCAGCAGGCUCAAAUGCGCCAAGCUCAACCGCAACCCACACAAACCAUGCAAAUGGCUCAGGUUCAAUUGAUGGAGCAGAAAAAGUUGCUAGAGCAACAGCAAGCUGAGCAAAGAAUUCACCAAGAACAACAGCGCCAGCAACCUCUGCAACAACUUCAGCAGCAACAGCAACAGCAAUAUUUAUUGUUGCAGCAACUCCAGCACCAGCAAGCUCAGCAACAGCACCAAGGUCUGCAACAACAUCAGCUUCAGCAACAGCAGGCUCGUGGAACUUCGACUCCACCACCUCCUGGUUUAUUUGCGGAAAAGCAGCAACAGCAGUACAAUGCUCAAUCUUCAAGUUCUCAAUUGCUCACUCAGCUAAUGAGCGGAAAGAGACCAAUUCAGUAG